UGGGUCAGGAAGAGACCUGGACCUGGACCCAGCUGUGAGUCCAUGAAGAGUGGCUGGUCUAUGGAUCACCCAGUUACCUUUAGAGAUGGACAGGCUGCAGAUGAAGGGAAGAGACCGGACCUGGACCUGGACCAUGGAUCCAGCUGUGAGUCCAUGAAGAGUGGCUGGUCUAUGGAUCACCCUGUUACCUUUACAGAUGGACAGGCUGCAGAUGAAGGAGUUCUGGAAAAGGUGCUGGCUGACUGUCUGCAGAGCAGAAAUCCUGCUGCAGUUUGUCAGCGUAAACUUAAAUCUAACCUGAAGAAGAAGUUCCAGUGUGUGUUUGAGGGCAUUGCUAAAGCAGGAAACCCACCCCUUCUGAACCAGAUCUACACAGAGCUCUACAUCACAGAGGGGGGGUCUGCAGAGGUCAACAAGGAACAUGAGGUCAGACAGAUUGAAAGAGCAUCCAGGAAACCACACAGACCAGAAACAACCAUCAGACAAGAAGACCUCUUUAAAGCCUCACCUGGAAGAGAUGCACCAAUCAGAGCAGUGCUGACAAAGGGCGUGGCUGGCAUUGGGAAAACAGUCUUAACACAGAAGUUCACUCUGGACUGGGCUGAAGGCAAAGCCAACCAGGACAUCCAGUUCAUAUUUCCAUUCACCUUCAGAGAGCUGAAUGUGGUGAGAGAGAACAAGUACAGCUUGGUGGAACUUGUUCAUCACUUCUUCUCUGAAACCAGAGACGCAGGAAUCUGCAGGUUUGAUCAGUUCCCGGUUUUGUUCAUCUUUGACGGUCUGGAUGAGUGUCGACUUCCUCUGGACUUCCUCAACACUGAGAUCCUGACUGAUGUCACAGAGUCCACCUCAGUGGAUGUGCUGCUGACAAACCUCAUCAGGGGGAAGCUGCUUCCCUCUGCUCGCCUCUGGAUAACCACACGACCUGCAGCAGCCAAUCAGAUCCCUCCUGAGUGUGUGGACAUGGUGACAGAGGUCCGAGGGUUCACUGACCCACAGAAGGAGGAGUACUUCAGGAAGAGAUUCAGAGAUCAGGAGCAGGCCGGCACCAUCAUCUCCCACAUCAAGACCUCACGAAGCCUCCACAUCAUGUGCCACAUCCCAGUCUUCUGCUGGAUCUCUGCUUCAGUUCUGGAGGAGGUGUUG